AUGCUGCCUAGAUAUAAAAAAUACCGCUACGAUCUCUCAGCCCCCAAACCGGAUCGUACUCAACGUCGAGAAUGGAGUAGACUUACACGUUCGUGUCAUGAGAAGGAGCCCUGUUCUCCUGAUUUUGCUAGUGAUGGUGGUGAUAUCGACGAUGACAACUGUUCCUCGUCCGAAUGUGAAGAAACGAUCUUAGCAACAGAUCAUGAUGAUCAGGAAAUGCCAAAGGAACAAAGACAAAACGAUAGUAUUGAAAUAAAAGCCCCUUUAUCUGCUAAGCAGCCACCUUCAAACGCCAGUGAUCUUCAAAUGGCAACAAAUUCUAAUCAGCUUGUCAGCAUUGAAAUGCAGGCCUCUCCAANCUCUGAAUGUACAUCUUCAGAAAUGACUGACGUCAUUGACCUUCAGAUCAAUCAGAAUGAUGAGAGCGAAGUUAAUAUGUCAUCGGAUGCUGACACCGCCAUGGAUGCCUUACAGAAAGAAAU